CCAUCCCGAACCUCCAAACCUGCCCAUUCUGAUCGAGUCAACCCCUGACAAACUACUAGAAGCACCGGCUGACCGGCAAAUCGUCCGAUCCGGCCGCUGCUAAUAAGAGGCCUCCGAUCCUUCCCCGUGACAGAGAGAGCCUCGUGUUUCGAUCGUUUCCUAGGAGAGAAGAGAGAACUGAACGAUCAGCGAUGGGUUGGGCGAGGAAGAAGCCGCUGGCAGCUGCCCUGGCCGUGGCGCUGCUCCUCGGCCUGUGCCGCGGCGACGUGGUGCAGUUCAUCUUCGGCGACUCGCUGUCCGACGUUGGCAACAACAACUACCUCAAGAAGAGCCUCGCCCGCGCCGCGCUCCCCUGGUACGGCAUCGACUUCGGCCGCGGCAUGCCCAACGGCAGGUUCUGCAACGGCCGCACCGUCGCCGACAUCGUCGGCGACAAGAUGGGCCUGCCGCGCCCGCCCGCGUUCCUCGACCCGUCCCUCGACGCCGACACCAUCUUCAAGAACGGCGUCAACUACGCCUCCGGCGGCGGCGGCAUCCUCAACGAGACGUCGUCCCUCUUUAUCCAGAGGUUCUCGCUGUACAAGCAGAUCGAGCUGUUCCAGGGCACGCAGGCGUUCAUGCGGGACAAGAUCGGGAAGGCGGCGGCGGACAAGUUGUUCGGCGAGGGUUACUACGUGGUGGCCAUGGGCGCCAACGACUUCAUCAACAACUACCUCCUGCCCGUCUACUCCGACUCGUGGACCUACACCGGCGACACCUUCGUCAAGUACAUGGUGGCCACCCUGGAGGCGCAGCUGAAGCUGCUGCACGCGCUGGGCGCCCGGCGGCUGACCUUCUUCGGCCUCGGCCCCAUGGGUUGCAUCCCGCUGCAGCGGUACCUGACGUCCUCCGGCGGGUGCCAGGAGUCGACGAACAAGCUGGCGCGGAGCUUCAACGCGGAGGCGGCGGCGCUGAUGGAGCGGCUGUCGGCGUCGCUGCCCAACGCGACGUUCCGCUUCGGCGAGGCGUACGACUACUUCCAGGACAUCAUCGACCGGCCCUACGCGUACGGGUUCAACAACUCGCGGGCGCCGUGCUGCACGCUGGGACGGAUCAGGCCGACGCUCACCUGCACGCCGCUGUCCACGCUGUGCAAGGACCGGAGCAAGUACGUGUUCUGGGACGAGUACCACCCCACCGACAGGGCCAACGAGCUCAUCGCGCUCGAGACGCUCAGGAAGCUCAACAUCACCGUCGUCGUCAACAACGGCACAUCCGGAUAGCCGAUGAUGCAUGCCUGGAGCAACGAACGCACGGUGGCAGGAUACAGGUCGUCCUGCUGGGGCGGUUUUUGCGUUUGUGGUUUAACUGAAGAAAGCAAAUUAAGUCACUGCAAAGGGAAGGACUAUAUAUAUAUAUAUAUAUAUAUAUAUAUAUAUAUAUAUAUAUAUAUAUAUAUAUAUAUAUAUAUAUAUAUAUAUAUAUAUACACGAAUGUAAUUAUAUAAAUAUAGUACAAACGGUUUUGUAUAAUAUCAAUAGCCCACUAUAGCCCAAACUCAAGGCAAGUAGGAUAAGAUUGAGGGACGACGAACAGUGAGUUAGUUAGACAUGGACAGACCCGGAGGAGAGUGAGAGUCAGAAAAAAAAAAGAAUUUUUUCGACCUUUAAUAUUUGGCAUAUAGAUACAGUGAGUAUAUUUUUCAUCAUA